CCUUUGGUUCUCGAAGCUUCAUCUUCCUUAGUCUCUCUCUCUCUCUCCCCCCCCCCCUGGUUUUCUCCGAGAGCUUCCGAAAUGGCGUCAUUCGAUCAAGCGUCUCCUGGCGAUGUCAAGUCUGGAGAGAAAAUCUUCAAGACCAAGUGUGCUCAGUGCCACACCGUCGACAAAGGCGCCGGUCACAAGCAGGGACCCAACCUUAAUGGUUUGUUUGGAAGGCAAUCUGGCACUACUGCUGGAUAUUCCUACUCUGCAGCUAACAAGAACAUGGCUGUGAUUUGGGAAGAAAAGACUCUAUAUGAUUACUUGCUUAACCCCAAAAAGUAUAUUCCUGGGACGAAGAUGGUAUUUCCUGGCCUAAAAAAGCCGCAGGAACGGGCUGAUCUUAUAGCAUAUUUGAAAGAAUCUACUGCCCAGUGAUUCUAUUUCCACACAGCUGUUAAGUCAAGUGCAGGAUUUUGAAUUUUUCAGAUAUCAAUUUUGCAGUGCUAUUAAAUAGUACUGUCUAUUGGCAAAUAAAGUAGACCGAUAUUUUUGCAAUGCUAUUUGUUCCUGUUAGCAUUGCCACUCAUUACUUCUCAUUUUCAUUCUUCAAGAGGUUGCCAUAUAUUGUGGCAGAUGUAACGUGCAAUCACAUUAGUUUUGAAAUUGAGACUUUAUUUUCUAUAUUCGGCGAACAGUGAAGCAAUUUGCGGGAUAAGUGGAAUCAUGACAGUUAUUGCAA